UCAUUCUAGGAUUCCGUAGAAACCCGAUUGUCACAGUAGGCAGCCUUGAACAGGGGAUAUUAGGUGGUAUCCCGUGAAUAACAUGCAAAAGGAAACCAGCACUUUUACGAAGAAUAAAAGACUUUUCGCAAACUCAAACAAGGCUCAACCAAUCAUAUUCGCUAUAGUUUUCAUGGAAGUAAAGUAUUUACUAAGCUUUACUUGCAUGAUAUUUUUUCAUAAGUUUUGGAUACAAGGUCAAAAAGUUACACGGAUGUGUCCUCCCCACAGAUCUUUUUUUUCUUUCAUAGCGAAUUAGCCAAAAAUAUAAUCUUUGCCAAAAACUGGUUUUUCAAGACCCUAUAAAUUUUCAAAGACCUUACAACGACAGCUCACAUCUUACGAUUAAAACGUAAAAAAAAUGUAGGGAAGGUACCUUACAAAAAAAUAUUUUUGAAAUGUUUAUUUUACCUAACUGCAGCUUUCUAGAACUAACAAUCAAAAUAAAGGAGAAAAGCCGCGGACGGACAGACGAACGGACAUGGUGAAACUAAAAGUAGGAACCUUUGUUCCUAGUUAACUACGGAACCCUAAAUGGAUCAACGGUUUGACGUGAUAAUUUAUAACGGCUCGUAACUGAACGAUCUAAAAAUUAUGGAAUGGAACCGUUUAAGUAUCUAAUACCAACCUAAUGGGAUGGCCGCGAAAACGACAUGGCUUUUGAACGAUAUAUGUCUAUAAUUGCCUUUUCACCAACUACGGCUAAUAGACUUUGGCAAAGUUAUAAUUAUUAAUUUAGGGACAGACGGCAAACGACCGGAUGGGUUAACCCUUUACCGCAUACCGUCACAAAUUUGUCACACUCGAUAUUUCCGGCUACCGCACUUUAUUAACGCCAUGUCUCUGUGCCGUUUUAUACCUUUUUACUAGCUAGAGAAAUGCUUCACACAUUAGGGUAGUUGUGGCAUACUAGAUCUUUCGUGACAAGUACUACAAAAAAUGUGGGUAGAAAGCCGGUUGCGGCGAUUUUGUGACAGAGCGCGGCAGAGGUUUUUGGGCUCCCGAUUUUAUUGAUUAAAAAUCAAAGUUUUGGUGAAUUUGCUAUUGUUAUGUCUAGUUAAAUGAAUCUUCAACAUUUUUACGGCAGUCCACAAUGCGUGUCCGGCGUAUGCUCAUGCGCACAUGCUCCGCGCCUCCCCGCGCCGGUUGUGCACGCCGAAACCGUCUUGGUUAAGGGAGACAUGUUUGUGAACAUCAGCUGGUCACUACCGCCCCCGGCCUACCCACAAAGGCUGCCGAAGGGCCUGCAGAAACAGUUCUAUUUUGUCAGUAUCGGUGAGCAAAUGGUCUCCGACGCACACCCGUCACCCUGGUUCGCUCACAAGAUCACCAGGCACGUCGCAGUCUCAGGCCCCAUCGCCGCCGGUGACGACCCUCGCUACUAUCUGCUGCCGACGGCUGAGAGAAGAGAAGACAAGAGGUUGAAGGAUGUGAAGCUGCUGGCUAGAGUCAGCGUGGUGGAUGAGAGGACGUGCUUUGGACCGGCAGGAAAUGCAACUGCCUAUGAUCCAGCAAAAGUUGCUGAAUCUCCAAUUGAUACUUAUAUACUAUGGCUCAUCUGGCUCACACUGGGCCUUCUUCUGAUUUGCGUGGCGGGCUGCGUGGUGACCGGCGCUGGCGUCGUCAAGCGUGUGCUGCGCGCGCUGCGCCCCGCGCCCGUAGCGGGGUGCCCGCCGAUAAACGGCUGGGGAAACAAUCAGCUUCCCCUAAGAAGAGGGCAGAUGGAAGAGAGUCCGCUUUACGUCAUGAAAGAUGUUAAAGUCGACGAAUGGGAAGUGUCCCGCUCCCGUGUCCAUCUGGGCGCUCUAAUAGGUAGUGGAGCCUUCGGGCGCGUCCACGUCGCUCAGCUAGCCGCGCCGGGUGGUGAGACCAUCACUGUAGCCGCCAAGAUGCUCACAGAAAACGCAUCAGACGAAGAAACUCAAGACUUCCUGCGCGAAAUUGAAAUGCUCAAACACGUCGGCUACCACAAGCACGUCAUCCGACUGGUCGCGUGCUGCACUAAGCAGACGCCGCUUCUCGCGCUGCUCGAACACGCGCCUAGAGGAGACCUGCUCAGUCUGCUGCGAGCGGCGAGAGGGAGAAGACACGAACCGAAGGAUAGGCAGCUAUCAGCGGGCGAAUCGGAAUACACAAACUUAAGUGACUCCGACCUGCCCCUGGAAAAGACGAGCUUUUGCGGGGAACAACGCCAAAGGCAUUACGUGGCUGAACCUGCCCUGCAUCUAGACAGCGCGACUAUGCGCGACUACGCGCUGCAAGUCGCGCUGGGCAUGCAGCAUCUAGAGGAACGCGGGAUCACGCACAGGGACCUCGCAGCCCGGAACAUCCUGGUUGACGGCGCAGGGACACUCAAAGUAGCCGACUUUGGACUGUCACGUUCUGGUGUGUACGUGCACACUAGGGCGCGACCAGUCCCUCUCAGAUGGCUGGCACCAGAGGCCAUCCUACAUGCUCAAUACUGCAGUGCGAGCGACGUUUGGGCGUUCGCUGUGUUAUUAUGGGAGAUUGCUACAUUAGGAGGCUUCCCAUAUGCAGAGCUAAGCAACCACCAAGUCCCGCCCUUCCUCGCAGCGGGCAGCCGUCUCCCGAAGCCUGCGCGCGCCUCCCCGCGCCUCUACCAGCUCAUGGUACAAUGCUGGGCGCCCUCCCCCGCCGAGCGGCCCAGCUUCGCCCAGAUCGUCCACCAACUGGACGAGCAAAAGCAACUGUACGUGGACUUGUCGGACUUGGACUUGGACCCGCCGCCGGACGACGACAGCGAUUAUGACUUUGAAUGUGAGAGGUGACAGGUGUAAAGACUGAGUUAGAUUUUUGUAUUUUAAUGUGCAAUGUUAAUACAUUUUCUGUGUAAAUACAUUUUUUUUUCUA